AAACAUCUAUUUAACUUGAAGUUUGCUGCAAAAGAACUUAAUAGGAAUGCCAAGAAAUGUGAUAAAGAAGGAAAGACUGAAAAGACCAAGAUUAAAAAGGCCAUUCAGAGAGGCAAUAUAGAAGUUGCAAGAAUACAUGCUGAAGAUGCAAUCCUCCAGAGGAACCAAGCAAUUAAUUUUUUGAGAAUGAGUGCUAGAGUUGAUGCUGUGGCAGCCAGAGUUCAAAUUGCAGUAACAAUGGGCAAGGUAACUAAGUCUAUGGCAGGUGUAGUCAAGUCUAUUGAUGGUACAUUGAGGAGUAUGAAUCUUGAAAAGAUUUCUGCCCUGAUGGACAAAUUUGAACACCAGUUUGAAACACUUUAUGUUCAAACACAACAAAUGGAAGACACAAUGAGUAGCACCAGGAGCAGGAAACAUAACAGGCUUUUCUAACACAGAAGGAGUCAGAGACAUAGACAAAAUGCUGAGGUGGAAGAAUUCAUCCCCCCAAAAAACAAGAAAAGGUCACAGCCAGAGAUUUAAUCAAAACAGAACCAAGUGGCUAUGCUGCUUCAAGAAAUGGCAGAUGAAGCUGGGUAAGAAAUUAUUCGAGUGCUUUUGGAUAAUGUUGAUUUAAUAUCUUUGGGUCUAAAAUUAUAUAAUGCAAAUAAAGAUAUUUGUCUUUAUGAGAAAUAGAGUUAGAUUUUUGACCCUAGAAUUUAUUGUUGGAAGAUCCUUUGAAGCAGUCAUCCAACAUUUUUCCAUGCUCAUAAAAUGUGGCUCUGCUUAGAUCAUCCUAAUACCUUCUUAACAAUCUCUGGAGAUGCAUUCAUUUAGUUGUUGAUAAGAAAUGGAGGAAGGUAACUGAGGAGGGCAGGAGUUUUUAAACAUUUCCUCAAUACCUUCAGUAUCUUCUGUGUUCAACAUGUAUCAAAUGUUUGGAUUUUUUAAACUAGAUCUUCCAAAACAAUUUUGCUGGGAUUGGGCCAUUAAGUUUUAAGCCCAGUUUGAGUCCUGAAAUCUGAGAAAUAUGUGCAAAAUAUUCAAGGGGUUCAAAAGAUGUCAACAUUACAUCAUUGCAGAUGGUCUUUUUUAAAAAUGUAAAUGACACCCUUUCUGGUACUGCUAUUAGAAAUAGAGUUUGUGUUAACGGGAUGUUUAUUUCAGGUCCUUCAUGUUUGAGGGGAAUAAGUUGAUCAUGAUAAUAUCUAUGCUAUAGAAGUCAUGUUAUAUCAUUAGUCUCUGGUAUAUUGUUUACUUCAAGAAAACAUUGUAUUAAAGAAUAAAAAUACAUUUUUCAAACACAUAGAGUAAAACUGGGUAAUACUAAAUUUUAUACUUUAUCAUCAAAGGUAGAGUAAUAGAUUGAAAUAUAGUUUAUGUACUCUAUUAUUUUCUCCUGGGAAGAGAAGAUUUGAAGACAGGUGGAAAAUUUAAUUGAUGAAUAUUAUUCUAGUGUCUAAUGCCUGAUUAAUAUGAACAAUUAAGUUUAUCGGCUCCUUAUAUCACUAAUGAAUCUUUAGUAAAAUUAAAACACAGGUUAGUAAAUCAGGUUUGCAGUAUUUGAGAAAAGAGCUGGGGGUUAGGUAGUACAGUAUUUGGCUUUGUUAGUGUCCUGAUGCAGCCCACAUAUUGACAGGCAGGUAGCAGGAAUGGUGACUUUUGUUAAGUAUUAUAAAAGAUACCAAGGUAUUGAGUAUCAGAAGACUCCAUCUUAGUAGUAUGAGGCUAAGGACUUGUUUCUGUUCCUACCAAAGACUAAAUAAGAAGAUUGGGCUUGAAAAUACAGCAAGAGAGGUAUUGUAAAAGGGACAUUGCCACAUUAUAGCUUUCCUGACCUUCAGUGGAAAACCAAGUUUAACAGACAACUUUUUGAUAAGAUUUAGAGAAGGAUUUCUCAACCUCAACACUAUUGACAUUUUGGGCUAAAUGUUCUGUGAAUUUGUAGGAUGU